CAUCCACACACAGCUCUCUAGCCUCUUGCCACAUAGUCCAAAUAACAACAGAGUUUGAGGAUUGAUUCAGCAAUGGCAGAUGUAGCACGAGCGCUACUCUUCGCCGCCCUCGUGAUGGCUGUCACCGCCGCUGCGGACGGCGAGGCGGCGGCGAUCGUCGUCGGCCAGGCCAAGUGCGGCGAGUGCACCAGGAAGAACAUGAAGGCGCAGGAUGCUUUCAAGGGUCUCCAGGUGGCGAUCAAGUGCAAGAACAGCGACGGUGUGUACGAGAGCAAGGCCAUCGGCGACCUCGACGGCGACGGCGCCUUCAGCGUGCCCCUCGCCGCUGACGACCUCCACGGCGCCGCCGACUGCUUCGCGCAGCUGCACAGCGCGGCGAGCAGCACGCCGUGCCCCGGGCAGGAGCCGUCCAAGAUCGUGCCGCUGUCGUCAACAACGGACAACGGCGUCGAUAAGGCUAACACCUUCGUGGCCGUCGCCGGCAAGAGGAUGUACUCCUCCACGUCGCCAGCGGAGUGCACGUCGGCGUUCCUGUACGACUACUUCCACAAGCACCCCUUCUUCGACUAUUUCCACAAGAAACCCCAAGGACCUGAACCCAAGCCGGACCCCAAGCCGACGCCAUUGCCGGCGAACGGUGGUGGUGGCGGUGCAGGAAACGGUGAUGGCGGCGCCGAGGGGAACAGUGGCGGAGCUGCGCCGUCUCCCAGCUCUCCGCCUGUCUACCACUGAAAAAUUCAUCCAUUCCAUCAACCCACACAUGGUCUGUUUGAUUGCAUGCAUGGUUAAUUUUAUCGUUCGGUUCUUGCGUGAUUAAUUAAUUUCCAGGUCAGCUUGUUCGUGCAGAAUUAAUAAAAGUUGUGAUGUGAGGAGUGUGAGUGUGUGAGAACGAUCGAUUUAUGUGUUGGAGACUUCAGUGCACAAGCGUGUUGGUUUUCAGGAGAAAUAAUACGUGUUCCAGAGCG